AUGCAGGGUUUGAUUCGGCUGGUAUCUAUUGUGGCGGGCAUAGCCCGACUCGUCAGGGCUCAAGUCGAACCCCCUGUCACAACAGAUAAUGGCGUGACGGCACAUACUUUCGACAUUAGCCAAGUUACCCUGAAUGACGGUCGUUGGCACGAAAAUCAGAAUCGUACUUUAACAUAUCUGAAAUACGUCGACCCGGAACGCCUGCUCUACGUCUUCAGAUCAGCCCAUGGUUUGUCGACUAACGGGGCACUGGCGAACGGCGGUUGGGAUGCUCCCGACUUUCCCUUCCGGAGCCAUGUACAGGGCCACGUACUAUCGGCAUGGUCUCAAUGUUUUGCUUCCCUCAAAGACCAAGACUGUGCGGAUCGUGCGACCUCGUUUGUAGCAGAACUACUCAAGUGCCAGAACAACAACGAGCAAGCGGGGUUUAGUGCAGGAUAUCUGUCAGGCUUCCCCGAGUCUGAUUUCGACCUCCUCGAAGCAGGAUCUUUGACUAAUGGAAAUGUGCCCUACUACGUAAUUCACAAGACCAUGCAGGGGCUCCUAGAUGUCUGGAGGAAUAUUGGUGACGCGAACGCCGAGACAGCGUUGCUCGCCCUCGCUAAAUGGGUGGACACGCGUACUGCUAAACUCACGACGGACCAGAUGCAGAAAGUCCUCCAGACCGAGUUUGGUGGAAUGAACGAUAUCCUCACCGAUAUAUAUCGGCAAACUGGGGACAAAAACUGGAUCACUGUGGCACAGAGGUUCGAUCACGCAGCAGUGUUCGAUCCCCUAGCUGCGAACGAAGAUCAACUGAACGGCCUCCACGCGAAUACCCAAGUGCCCAAGUGGAUUGGUGCCACUCGCGAAUAUAAGGCCACGGGCACGUCGCGAUAUUUGGACAUUGCGAAGAAUGCGUGGGAAUUUACCGUGAACCAGCACACCUAUGCCAUCGGCGGUAACAGCAAAGCGGAGCACUUCCACGAGCCUAAUGCCAUUGCUGCUUAUCUGACGGACGACACGUGCGAGCACUGCAACUCAUACAACAUGCUCAAGUUGACGAAGGAACUCUGGACCGUGAGCCCUCAGCCUGAUUACUUUGAUUUCUACGAACGUGCACUUCUCAACCACCUGCUCGGAGCACAGAACCAGUACGACGACCAUGGACAUGUAACUUAUUUCACUCCUCUCAUUGCUGGUGGUCACCGCGGUGUUGGACCUGCUUGGGGUGGAGGUACCUGGAGCACUGACUACGAGUCCUUCUGGUGCUGCCAAGGAACCGGAGUAGAGCAAAACACCAAAUUGAUGGACGCAAUCUACGGGUAUGACGACUCGUCGCUGUUCGUCAAUCUAUUCGCACCAUCGACACUGGAUUGGUCACAGAAAUCGUUGAAAAUCACUCAAGAGACGACGUUCCCCGUCUCUGACACCACUCAGUUAACCAUCGAUGGAAGCGGAGCAUUCGAUCUAAAGAUCCGCAUCCCAUCGUGGACUUCAGGGGCCGCAGUUUCUGUCAACGGAGAGAAGCAGGACAUCGAUACCACGGCUGGAUCAUACGCCACCGUAUCUCGGAGUUGGGUCUCUGGCGACACCGUCACCGUACAACUGCCCCUAAACCUCCGACUCGUGCCAGCGAAUGAUGACGAGUCUCUCGCUGCUGUUGCGUACGGACCAAUCGUUCUGUCAGGCAACUAUCGAGAUACUAAUGUAACUUCGGCCCCAACUUUGGAUCUCGGCUCCUUGACGAGGACAAGCAGCUCCAACCUUGAUUUUACUGGAACUGCGGAUGGCCAGAACGUCAGCCUUGGUCCCUUCUUUGACGCUCAGGGAUUCAACUACGUCGUAUACUGGGCAUACAACGGCUCGUUUCCAGAGGCAUAG